AUGGGGUGUGCGGGAGGUUCGCUACGCGACGACCAAGGACAUUGGCUUGGUGGAUUCUCAAUGAACAUAGGUACUUGUUCAAUCAUGGCGGCAAAAUUAUGGGGCUUUUUCCCAGGCUUGUCUCUUGCAUUGGAUUUGGGGUUUCGACAUGUAAAGGCCGAAGUGGACAAUGCGUCUGUCGUGACCCUUGCUACUACUCUCGAUGAUGCCCCGGGAGUGCACAUGGGUUUAGUUUCGGGGAUCAAGGAACUCUUGAGUCGACCGUGGGAGGUAAAGGUUAAACACAUUCCGUGA